AUGUUGUUUAAGAUAUUCUUAAUAAUCAAUGUACAUUUCGUUUUAGCGGAAAAUAUUUUAUUUGUGAAUUUGGUGCCAUCUCCGAGUCAUCAUAUUUGGAACGAAGCGUUAAUCGAGGGUGUGUUGAAGUGUUAUUUACCCUUAAUCGAUCAUUUUAAUAAUCAACCCGCAAUCGGAGUAACAGCGUUUGGUUUACAAACAUAUUUAAAUGAUAUAAUUGGCGAAUCAAUCCAAAUUUAUACUCCUUAUUACGGUUUACCUUACACCGACAAAAUGAAUUUAUUUCAAAGAUUUUGUAGCAUUUUUUACACAACAAUCGAGCGCUUAUCCAGAUUUUAUUACCUCCCAAAAUUAGAUGAAAUAAAUAAAAAAGUUUUCGGCGAAAACGUUCGAAAAAUUAACGAAUUAGGAAACGAAAUUUCAUUAAUUUUCCCUAAUGAUGACCCAAUAUUAGAUUACCCAAAACCAAACGUCCCAAAUGUCAUUCAAAUCGGUGGAGUACAUUUAAAAGAAAUAAAUCAAUCAGCAACAAAAAUCGAUGAAAAUUUAGAAAAGAUUUUAAAUAAUUCUGUUGAAGGAAUCGUUUUUGUUUCAUUAGGUUCAAAUUUUCAACCGAAAUUUUAUAAAGACCACGUAAAAAGUGCUUUCAUCGAAGCAUUUUCGAAAUUAAAUCUAACUGUUUUAUGGAAAUUUGAUGAUAUCGUAACUUCAAAAAAUGUUAUCGUUAAAAAUUGGUUCCCUCAAAGCGAUAUUUUAGCCCACCCGAAUACAAAACUUUUUAUAACUCAUUGCGGUGCUUUAAGUUCCCAAGAAACUAUAUUUAGGGGAAUUCCAAUAAUCGGAAUACCCCUAUUUCAUGAUCAAUAUUAUAGAAGCGCGAAAUUUGAAGAAAUUGAAGCAGGAAUUAUUUUAAACUAUAAAGAAAUUACAGCGAAUAAACUUUAUGAAUCAAUCAAUGAAGUUUUGAUGAAUUCAAGAUAUAAAGAAAAUAUGAUGAAGUUAUCGUCUUUGUACAAAAAUCAGCCUUUAAAACCGCUUGAUAAGUUUUUAAUGUGGUUUGAUUAUUUAUUAAAAAAUGGUGAUUUACGCAAUCUUUCGGUUGCGGGAAGAAAAAUGAGUUGGUAUCAAACGAAUAAUUAUGAUAUCUUGGGAUUAAUUGUGGUUAUUGUUGUUGUGGUAAAAAUGUUGGUGAAUAAAUUGGUUUUUAACG